GUGUCACAAUCCAUAGUCCUUCUUGAUGAGAACUGUGCUGAUCAAAUCCUUGCAGUUGCGUGUUGUUGCCGCCGAUAGAUCCAGAAGACCCGCACGAUGGCGAGCCUGUGCAACAUACCUGCCUCGGUGGUCCCAUGCGCCUUCUCACAGCAGCCCUGCAUGCAGAUCCUCUCUUUGCGACAGGAGCCAGUGGAGACCAAGGCAAUGGCCGAAUCUUUCAGCAGCUUCUUGACCUGACUUGUCAGCAUGAGCAAAGCGGCUGCAUGAAGAGUGGACGGACGGAUGGUCAGGCAAAACAGGAGGAGCACGAGAAAGACCAUACUGCGAGCAUGUCAAAACCAGAUUGACCGUGUUGCCGUUGAUCUGAUGCAGGCUACCCAAUGUUAGCUUCCACGUGUCCAUGCUACUCUGCCUAGCCAUCACGUAGUCGUCAUGCAACUUCGACAUAUGCUGGCCACCACAGUAAUCACAGGUGAGACACAGGUAAUGAACACGAAACUGAGUCCCUUCCAGCGGCGAGACUUCCACCAGGUGACGCCAGCGGUACUUAUCCCCCGGGUGCUGAAGCACCAGUCCUCUGAUCUUGUUCGUGAUAUCCCCAGUAGCUGGAUCCUUGAUCCAAUGAAAGUAGAAACUGUCCUGGAAUGGCGUCUGUUUCCAUUUGACAAGCGGAAUCUUCACCAGCAGAUCAAAGAGGACUUCAGGUGAGACAGCUGCCGGAAUAUCCUUGUCGUUCAUAGCCAGCAUCCGUCGGUACUCUGCACUCUCCGGAUGAAACCACUUCAGCCUGAUGAUUUUGCCAUCUAUGUACUGAUGUUCAAGAACCUGCUUCUGAAAGGUAACUUGCAUGUGGCCAAAGCGGUUUUCCGAAAUAUAGGCCGGCUUCAGCUCCAAGUAAGUCGUAGUUGUCAACGCUUCCGGCGACAAUUCCGAUUUCCAUAGCAUCAGCAGGAUUGCAAGGGUCUCCUUCGUCCUUAUCGUUUCCUUCAGGUGAGACACCGGGAUCAGGAGCGUGAUUGAGUGCUUGAUCUUCGCAGCAACCUCCUGAAUCCUAAUCGGAUCCGGCAUUCUUCAGGGUCAUCCCUAAGAUGCCUAUCAUUGACUUCUUUGUCCUCUGCAGCCUCCAACCCGAUCUCCCCCUGCACAGGUACCGAAACCUCCUGGACAAUCGGCGACGGAACACCCUGUUGGCACACAGGUUCCGGGGACACCUGACGCAGAACGACGGACGGCGGAGGUGAUGGCGGGGAUGGCGGCGGAGGAGCAGACAACCCCAUGUGAUGCAAGGGGACGGCCUCCCUGACUAGAGACUGGCCUUGGGGCUGCUUGUUGGGCGACGACGCCGGGUUCAGAGGAGGAGUUGAGUCAGAUUCCGACUCAUCUCCAUGGGUAGGCCUAUGGCCUGCUCAAGUGACCAUGCCGGCUUUCUUCGGUGUCAUCGUGCAAUGAUGAGCUCCCCAAAGCUGUCUUCUAAUGACAGAGCAAUGUGACUUUCUGAGCACCUUUAAACCAUACAGUACUUCAGCGAGGCUCCCAUAGCCUCGUUGAGCAGCCAAGCUGGCACACUUGUAAUCCAUUUCCAACGCUGGUCCUGAUCUCCUUGACAAUGCAUCGAUCGGUUGCAUUCUGCAGCAUCUUUAGUUCUGUAACUUGUCGCCCUUGAUAGUUCCCUGACCUUGAAAGUUGAGCACGUCUUGGGAUUGCCUGAACUGCAUAUUGCUGCCAUUAGGUCCUCUGUAUGAACACUAAUAGGGGACAGCACUAUUGAGCUCGUUACGU